AUGUCCAGCGAACAGCCUGACCUGUCCGCCGGUUUGUCCUCGGACAUCUGGAAAAUUCUGGAGGGUGCCGACAACUGGGGAGCGAAUGCCACCGAGGUGCAGAAACUCGAGAGAGUAAAAAACUUCCAGGAGCCGUUCAAACAUACGGAACUUUGCCUGAAAGAUAAUUCCUUAGGGGGUGACGAUGAAAUCCUUCCAAACAACCCUCAUAUGCACCUCGAGGACUUACGUUACGGGGUUAUCGGCGGUCUUGCCGCCUCAAAGCCUUCUGUGUGGCUCAUCGUAAGACACGCAAAGGAGCCAAAGGGUAAAAGUCAAAUCGGCGGACAUGCACUAUUCCAGGGUGUUGUGGUGUCUUGCGGUGGGAGUGAAGGUGCCCAGGAAAUUGUCAGUCGCUUCCUUCCUGUCGUGGUUCACUCUAUUGCGGAGAUAGAGACCGACACUUAUGUGCUGUUGGGUAUGCAUGAAGAGAUUGAUAACGAGAUCCUCCUUUACCCUUGGAUAGACAAAAGUCUUGAAGAUAAGGAGUUUUUGAUUGUGAGAUUGAAAAACUCCAAGGCAUUGCAUCAGCACUGUAAUUGGACCUCAGGACGUUCAGAGUGGUAA